AUGGCUCUGGAGGAAAGACCUACUGAGAUCACCCAGCCUGAAAUAACUGCUACUGAUCCAGAGAGACCACAACAGCAGGAUUACAAAAUGCCUUGUGUUAUAACUGUUCACAUUCAAAGAGGUGAUAAUUCAAUUGAAAGUAUAGCUGUUGAGGUCGAAAAAUGCACUCGUAUCAAACCUUUCAUAGGUGGGUACCGACAUACGAUGACUGGGGCUGAAUUCCAUCAUGCAGCAGUCCAGACAAUACCUAAGAAACGACCAGACAAAGAAAUAGAAGAGUUCUGUAGAGACACACAGACAGUUGAUGAGAAGACUCAGCAACAGCAGACAAACAACACAACAUCGACGCAGAUGAGCAAGAUUGGGUGUUAUGUGUCAAACAUAACUGACAGAUUGCUGGCUCCUGGAAUGUAUAUGACAGCAGAAGAAUACCAUGCCAGAAGGCUUCAUGCAACGCUGGUCAUUCAGACUCAUACCAGGCGCUGGCUGGCCACCAGGUAUGUUCAGCAACUGAGAAAUCAGAAAAUGCUCUACCUGGAGUGGGUUGAGCAGGAAGCAUUGAGAAGGAAGCUUGAAAAAGAAAACCGCAUGAAAAGAGAUUUUGAGAGGAGAAUGAAUCCAAAAACAAAGGAAGACUUUGAACUUGUGUUCAGUACCUUGGAACAAUGGAGACAGGAGGAGAUGGACCACAUCAGUGCAACUCUUACAGGCACGGACAGGAAGGCAGCAUUGUGUGCUCUGCUGGAGCAGGAGGCACAGAUUAUUGCCUGCAUAGGAAGACACAAACUGACAGCAGGUGAUGAGAAUGUGAAAAAGUCUGUCAAAGCCUUUUUGGAGAAGUGUGCUGCAAUAAAGAAAUGGAAACGAUUUGAUGGUAAAUUAGUUGAAAUGGAUACACCCGACACCAUUCGAGCCAGAGAGCUCAAAGACUUGUAUGCCAGUGUAAACAUGACCUCCCUAACCCAAGAAGAGAGACUGGAUGUGCUUUUAAUCCUGAAGCACACUGUACAGGAGCAUGACUGUAAGCUAACUCAAGAAAUAGUGGAGCUUAUUGACAGGGAAGAAGAUCUGUUAACACGAGGGGUAAAGAAGGUCAGCCUGGAAGGACUGAGGCAAAGAAUUUCCACUUUGUUUCUUCAGUACAUAAAGACUCCAUUAUUCAAUCCAGAAGUGAUCAGGUUACUGAAGGUUCCACAGGAUCCAUUAACAUUGCGAAAGAAUAUCUACUUGUGCAGUGGCUGUAACAGAUACUUGACCUCCAGUGAAUUUAAGAUAACAACAAGAUCAAGUGCAAUUGGUCGAUGUCAACAUUGCUACCUGUUGGAAAAUGAAGCCCAUCAUCGAGAAGAAUAUUCAGAAUACAGAGACAUGCUGAAACAUCUUAGACAAACAGAAGCCGAUUAUCCUGUAAAAGGAAAGAUUGCUUGUUUGAUUCAGGAAAAGGACCUGCAAUACCUGCUUGAAGCCAUCUGGGGUGUCCAGUCGGCACUGAGUGCCUGGGAUGAGCUCUCUGAACUUGUGCUUGUGAGAUGGAAUAAAUAUGUAGAAUGGUCUCCAUGGAAUUGCAUCCUGUUAACCAAAGAUGAAGCUAAAGCACACUUCAAACUGAAAGAUGUUGAAAAGGACUAUGAAGUGAAGUUCAUUCAAAGCGUCAAGCAGAAACAUGUUUUGGGAAAGAAAUAUUUCUCCAGGAUUGAAAUUAUGGCUAAGCAGUUAUAGGAUUUAGAUGCUUCCAAACUGCACUCUAUACUUCUGCAGCAUCCCUUCAAGACCAUACAAAGUGUUUUUCACAGAAUCUCAAAAGCCUAUUUAGGACCUUAG